AUUUCUUUAUUUAAAAGGUCUUUCUUCAUCUGUGAAUCUCGUCGUUUCUUGAGUGAGGCUGCGCAGAUGUUUACUCUUUCUGGGUGUGUAGACGCUUGUUGUCAUCCCGCCCGACUAUGCACACAUUUCAACCAGUAUAGUAAAUAAUACGCGGCUACGUUUACUGAGGUUUCUGGGUAAGCAAACGCAUGCAUUGCUUUGAUUUGUAUGCCAGUUAGCAUCAUAUUCAUCAUAUUCGUCCAAUCUAGUUUCAAAGUUGGAUAGAAGUGAAGUUACAGUAGUGCGAAAUCCAAUCUGAUGUCAGAAAGGUGCAACCUGGAAACGCGUGCACUUUGGUCUUUGAACGCAGCAGGUCAUCUGAGUUGAUGGAUUUGCAAUAUAUUAUCUGAUGUGGCAAAUGCACUUUGACAGCGCACAGGACCAACUCUUUCACGUCAGAAGUGCCAUAGUGGAUGAGAGCUGUGUGGUGAGGGCAGUGUUGGAGUUGAAGUGCUCAUGGCCUCUAGGGGAGACAGCUGGCCAUACGUGGGCCGAGAGGCUCACCACUACCACCACCAGCAGCAGCAGCCUCCUAGAGAGGACUACGCCAGGGCCUACGCCCAGCCAGGACCUCCAGGGCCCUACCCCCAGGCAGGACCCCCAGGACCCUACAAUCCCGCGGACCCCAGAGACAGAGAGCAGCCCUGGGCCUCCGUAGACCCCAGAUAUGCCCAGCACUAUCCAGGCAGAAUGACUCCGAUGCCGGAGCCGACUCCUGGCUACAAUGGGGCACCACCACACCACAGACCGCCGGGGUAUGGCCAUCCUCAGUCUCGCCCCAUGUCAAGGCAGGGAUAUGACUACCCCCAUUGGGACUAUCGAGACCCCUACACUUACUAUGACCAGUAUCAUAGAGGCCAUUACCAACACCCAGAUUCAGGAGCGUGGUCAUCUCGGGACCAGUGGCGUCCUAACCCUCCACCUGAGAGAGCUUAUGGCCAGGAGUGGAACAGCCCUCAGUAUCAUGAUUACUACAGCUAUGACCAGCGGGGGGAGAGCGGCCAGUACGACUACAACCAAUCAGGCGGAGGCCACAGGAGGAAGAGUGACGAGUGUGAGCCAGGGGGUCUGGUGAGCUCCAAGACGUCUGGCCUGUCCUCCAGCAGCUGUGAACUCAGCCAGUACAUCAACGGGGCCGACGAGGCCGACUCCAUACCACAGCCUUAUGCAGAGCCAGAGACAGUGCCACAGCUUACAGCUCCAAUGAAGUAUACACUUCCACACGCGCUGGUGAGCUUUGGUCCGGCUGGGCAGCUGGUCCGGGUGAACUCCACCCUGGCCUCAGAUGGAGAACAAGCCCUGGUGGAGCUCCACAGCCUGGAGGUUAUUCUCGGGGACACUGAGGAACAAAAGGAGCUACAGGAUUUCCCAGGACCCCUUGCUAGGUCUGACCUGCACAAGGUGGACGUCAUCACCUUUGCUCUGCAGAGGGCAGAGGCCUGUCUGAAGGAUGACACGCUGCCAGACGCUGCCUCUGCUGCCCUCCUGUGGAAGCUGCUGGUACUGCUCUGCAGGCAGAAUGGAAGAAUUGUGGGCUCGGACAUCGCGGAGCUGCUGACGCGUGGCACUGUGUCUCUGGGGGCGUGCGAGGGCCAGAGUGGCCAGGAGGACGAGGCCAGCCUCAUCGACCUGAGCGACAAGCCCCCGCUCGAGGAGGAGCCCCUGAACACAGCUGACCUGCUGACGGGAAACCCCACGGCCUGCUCCGCCGACACGGCCGAGGAGGCGCUCAGGAGCUACACACAGCUGCUGCUCUGCGGCAGGAAGAAGGAGGCCUUGGAGUCGGCCAUGAAGUCUGGUCUGUGGGGCCACGCCCUCUUCCUGGCCAGCAAGAUGGACAACAGAGCGUACACCACCGUCCUCAACAGAUUUACAGGCUGUCUAUCUCCCAGUGAUCCCUUACAAACUCUCUUCCAGCUUCUCUCCAAGAGGAUCCCCACGGUUGCCACGUGCUGUGGCAGCGACAGGUGGGGCGACUGGAAGCCCCAUUUGGCAGUCAUGCUGUCCAACGAGACAGAGGACUGCGAGACGCACCGCAGGGCUAUCAUCACCAUGGGGGACACACUCGCCUCCAGGGGGCAGCUGCAUGCGGCACACAUUUGCUACCUCACGGCUCGCACCCGCUUCGGAGUGUACACCAACAAAGCCGACCGCCUGGUGCUUCUCACCCGCAGCCACAGCCUUCCAUUUCGAAAGUUCGCCCAGGUGCCAGCGAUGCAGUGCUCAGAGGUGUUUGAGUACAGCCAGAGGCUGGGCAAUGCGGCUUACGUCGACCCUCCUUUUCAGGUGUAUAAGUUCCUAUAUGCGUGUCGUCUGCUGGACUGUGGACUUGCGUCACAGGCCUACCACUACUGCGAGGUGAUCGGGAACUCUUUGCUCACGCUGCAGGAACCGCCCAUGGUGCUACUGAAAGAACUGAUAAAGCUGACGGACAGGCUGAGGCACACCGAGGCCUCACUGGCAGAGGCAGCUGCGGACGGGGGGGACGAGGAGGAGCCCGACUGGCUGGUUCAGCUGCGUAACAAAGAUCUCCACACUCAGGUGAAGCAUUGGGCUGGUAUUGGCUCAUACCAGCCGGCUAGAGAGGAGAGUGCAGCAGAACCAAAGGGGAAUGGCCCUUGCUCAGAAGCGGAUGGGUACUACUCAGUAGACAACCAGCAUUUGGGCGUCGGCACUGGGUCUCUCUCAGCCGCUGCUACCAUGGCCCCUCCAGCACUCGCAGAGCCCCAUAUCAGUGGCGCGGAGGGGCAAUGGAUUCCCCAGAUGGGAACCCCUCCCCCCACGCUGCCGCAAGCGGGUCACCCGAUGCAGGGGCCUCCACAGCUAUCAGGCUACAGCCUGCCAACCGGUCCCAUGCUCCCUCUGCCUAUCCCAGAGCCAGGGGUGCAGCACGUGGGGCUCGCAGACGCUCCACCCCCUUCCAGCAUCCACCACCUCCACCACCAGCAGCAGCAUCAGCAGCACCACCAGGAGCCAGGCCCCGUCCCCUUCCAAGGAGGCUACUCUGACUAUCCUGCAGCUGGAGGAGGAGGAGGAGGAGGAGGAGGAGGAGGGGAUCCCUCACUCAGCUCGCCUCCCACAGAGGCCCAAGGCCCACUUAGAGGUUUGGGGCUAUCGUCUGGACCGCCUAUGGUGCCUGACUACACGUCUCAUCCUGGAGGGGGCAGUGAUCUGGCAGAGCAGAGCCGAAUGAUGACCGCACCAGAGCCGUACGGCAACCGGCCGUCACAGCCCAGUGCCCAAUCAGACAAAGGCUCCAAGUCUGGUUGGUUUAGUGGCUGGUUUGGCUCAAAAGCGAAGAACUCGCAGAUUGAGACAAGCGACGUUGCACCACCCCCUGCCCCUCUCCAGGAGCCAACCAGCAGUCCUCCAUUAUUUCCGCAGCCUCCCAGACCACGACAGAUUCCCCCUCCGUCUACUGGUGUCAACCCGUUUUCCCGACGAGCCAGUCAGCAACAGCCGGUGGUCCAUAUGGCACAGAACCAAGUGCCCAUGCCACAGAUGCAGGGCCCCUGAACGUGGUGAGGAGGACUGGAGGACUGUCUGAAAGAGGCUCUUAGGUUGGAGAAGGGGAGACAAGGACCUCAGGGAUGCCAUAGCACAUAUGCACAUUUGAAGAACAUUUCAGAGGUGGAUGCCUGAUGGGAAGCGAUGCACAUGAUUGUGCAAUGCAACCGGACAAUUCUUGGCAAUAUAUACCAACAAGUCCCUCGGUCUUACUGAAGGCCCCAUUUGUUGUUUUCAAGCCUUUGGACACAAGUCACAGCUGGACUCAGGACAGAGUUAGAUGGGGUCAAUGUGGGAUGGGGAAGGCGGUGAGCGGGGUGGCAGAGU